UAAGCAGGUGGAGCUGUUUAUUGAAUUCAGAAGUAAACAAACUUACUUCAAUGUGGAUAUCUUAAGAUAAAGUAUAAGGAUAUUCGAUCUAUAUUGGAAAUGAGGAAAGUUAGUGUUAUGUGUGAUUAAAAACUCAACAAAAAUGGAGUCAUCUACGCUUGAAUCUUCUAGUUCCAAUUCUGGAUUUACUUCUAACAGAAUUUCUUUUAUAAAUCGAAAUACAACUACAACUACUUUAGAAAAUAUUUCUCUAGAUUCUAACUUCGCAUGGCUUCUCUGUGCACUAUUUCUUGCGAUGAGCUGGGUGAUAUAUAUAACAUAUUAUAAUUCAAGGAUAAUUGGUUAUAUAGUUACUAAAAUAGUAAAUCGUUUUGUAAAGAGAGGAUAUAUUAAAUUAGGUUCUCUUUCUGUAUCUGUCCUUUCGGGUAAAAUAAUGUUUCGAGAUGUUGCUUACAUAAAUGAAGAUUACACAAUUCGUGCACAAGAUGGUUGGCUGAUUUUUAGAUGGUGGUACCCAUAUGUUCAUAAAGAAAUAACUGAAGAUUUUUCACAUUCAGAUACUCGGAUUUCAAUUCUUCUUAAUGGAUUUGAAUUACACAUAUAUAAUAGAUCUCAGCUGUAUGCUCGUUUGGAACACUUAUUUGGACUGGAACCUCGAAUACUUCCAACACGUUCAGAUCCAUAUUGGCAGGAUUCUGGAUCAGGUGAAGGAGAAAAUCCUACUGCAACAGAACAGACAUCCGAUCAACAAGGAUAUGAAUGGCGGGAUUUGAUACCUGUUAUAAAAGUUGAUAUUUCAACUGGCCGGUUAGUAUUUGGGAAUCGUUUAGUUCCUACAACAUUAUCUAUUGCUUUUGAAGAAGGCCAUAUCACAUAUACUACUAAACCAGCCUCUUCUCGUUUGGAUAAAUUUACACAUAUUGCCAAGUGUAAAGCUGAAAAUUUUAAAGUUAUUCUUGCACCAAGUCCAAAGUAUACUGGACUCUCUGAUGAACCACCUCGUUUUAUGGGAGAAGGUUUCGUUGUCUUGCAAUCUAAUAUGGUGGAUUUAUAUUAUUAUCAAGAUGAACCUGGAAAUGUAUCAUCUGAACCUGAAAUGGUGGAACUUGCAAAUGGUGACAUUGUUCAAAAAACUACAAAUCCUUGUUGGGGUUUAGAUAUCAAGUGUGGAAAAGGUACUGAUUUUAGUUAUGGACCAUGGGCAGAUAGACAACGAGAACAAUUGUAUAAAUUCUUUUUCCCUCAGGAUUAUCAACCAAUUGUGCCAACAAAAAAAUCAGAAGUUGGUGAUAAAAGACAAUUUCAUUCUUUUGAUAUAAGACUAAGUACACUUGCUGAAGCAACUAUUGAUAUAUUAUUUUCUAAAGAAAAGGAAACCAAUGCUAUUCAUAUGACAACUAGGCCAGGGUCAUAUUUAGAAAUAACAAUUCCUUGGAUUGUUGAAGAAAAUGGAUUCUCUACUAAAAUCAAUGGUCAGUUACUUCAUUUAGAAGCUACAACUAGUUUACAGUACAGAACACUUGUAGAGAGUGAAACACUUGAGUUUGAUGUUCAAAUACAAUACCCAAGGAUUUGGAAUGAAUAUCAAGACUGGACUUGUAAUUUAACUGGGUGUAAGGCUACUGUUCAGUUGAUAUAUGCACACAAAUCAUUUUUUCAAGCAUUAAUUGAAGAUUGGUCUAGCAAAUCAAGACCAGAUUUAUUAAAAUUUGUUCCAUAUACAUGGCAUUUUAAUAUUACUUUGAAAGAAUUUGAAUUAGUAUUAGUUGCAAAUGAACAUAAUUGGAUAGAUUGCUCAUCACAACAUCAAGAAAAUUCUCAUGUUGCUAUUUGUGGUGAAUUAUUUGAUAUGUCAUUUAAUCUACCUUUUAUUGAUUUUGUUCCUCCUACUGUUUCAUUGGAGUUUUGGAUUCAGGGUGAAAGUGUGGACUUAUCCUUUUAUUUACCAGAAACUAAUACUAAUAGAGAUAUAGUUUUAACAUUGCAAAAGAAUAUUAAAUUGACAAAUCGUGAAGGUUCAUCUCUAAAGAAAAAUGAAGAUGAGAAAAAGUGGAGGAAUUUAUGUAAACCUAGUUCUGGUUGGGUUGAUUGCUGGUCAGUACCACUUGUAGCUUUGAGUAUUGCUUAUACAUAUCAUCCUAUAACACCAAUGGGACAACAAACUGAUUUAGAUAUCACAACUCCAGAAAAAGAAGAAUUAUUAUUAUCUCCUAUAAGACCAAAUGGUGGUCGAAGAAGCACAAAACUUCCUCCAUCUUCAGAAGAAUUUGAUCCAACAUCACUGGCAUCAGAUGUUAUUCAUCUUGAAUUAGAAUUUGGAUCGUCCGUUCUUUGCUUAUAUGGUGCUUUACUGUCACUCAUAAUGCAUGUCAAGGUAAUUUUUAUUUUAAAAAAUAAAAGUAGUUUUCUUUUUUCUUUAGCUCAUGUUGCUAUUUGUGGUGAAUUAUUUGAUAUGUCAUUUAAUCUACCUUUUAUUGAUUUUGUUCCUCCUACUGUUUCAUUGGAGUUUUGGAUUCAGGGUGAAAGUGUGGACUUAUCCUUUUAUUUACCAGAAACUAAUACUAAUAGAGAUAUAGUUUUAACAUUGCAAAAGAAUAUUAAAUUGACAAAUCGUGAAGGUUCAUCUCUAAAGAAAAAUGAAGAUGAGAAAAAGUGGAGGAAUUUAUGUAAACCUAGUUCUGGUUGGGUUGAUUGCUGGUCAGUACCACUUGUAGCUUUGAGUAUUGCUUAUACAUAUCAUCCUAUAACACCAAUGGGACAACAAACUGAUUUAGAUAUCACAACUCCAGAAAAAGAAGAAUUAUUAUUAUCUCCUAUAAGACCAAAUGGUGGUCGAAGAAGCACAAAACUUCCUCCAUCUUCAGAAGAAUUUGAUCCAACAUCACUGGCAUCAGAUGUUAUUCAUCUUGAAUUAGAAUUUGGAUCGUCCGUUCUUUGCUUAUAUGGUGCUUUACUGUCACUCAUAAUGCAUGUCAAGGAAAAUUAUUUAGGAGAAAAUCAAAAGUUUGUUGAUUUAGAAUCAUCAUUAUCUCCUGUUACAACACCAACAGAAAUUACUCAAAAGUCAACUCCUGGAAAAGAUCAAGAUGAUGAAGUCAAAGACUUUGAUGCUAGAAAUUAUCGUCCAUUAGAUGUUACUGUCUCUCUCAUAAUGCACGAUAUUCAAGGUCAUUUAUUGAAUAAUUGUACUGAUCAAGAUCCAACCUGUCAAUGUUUAUAUUUGGAACGACUUGCCUUUGAACUUCAUAAAACAUAUAGAGAAACUAAACUACAGUUAUUAUUAUCACCUUUGAUACUUAGUGCAACAGAUGUAGCUGAAAGACCAGAAAGUAAUGCACAUCUUAAAAAUGGUCAUCUUGCAAUAGCAGCUUUACAAGUAAGAGGUGAUGCCAUGUUUUCUGAUGCAGAAAGAUCUCUUGACUGUGAAACAUUAGAGUAUGCUUGGUUAGUAGAAGUACAAAUGGGAGAUAUAACUGGACGUUUGACUCUUCCUCAGUUGUAUAAUACAGUUGCUGCUUUAGAAAUAUUUGCUUUUCAAGUUCAACAAUCAGAUUGUGCACUCCAACCUCCAACACCUUACAAAUUUUGUCAUCAUGAUCACAUUCAGUCUCAUUGUUCAGAGAGCACUCCCAGCUAUUUGUGUCCAAGUCCUGAAGAAAUGAAAUAUCGAAUGACGAGGCUGUCUAUAGAUGCUAUUGACAUAUGUUUAGCUGAAGCAAACACUGCAAUAAAUUUGGAGAUCUAUCCAAUUAGAAUGGCAACAUGCAAUCUGCAUGGUCAUCAAAUAAGUUCUGGUUUAAGUGCUCUGAUAUCUCAUAUUUAUAUUCGCCAAUAUUCAAAAAUAAGUUCUAAUUUAGUCUGCUCAUCAGCUUACAGUAUAGCUAGUCAUGGACAAAAUUCUCAGACAAAUCAAUCUGAAAUUUGGUUAGAAGUAGGAAGUUUUACAUUAGGACCAAUUUAUGUAGAUGCUGCUAAUUCACAGCUUCAAAAAGACAAGGCUGCACAGCAAGAAAAAUUUCUUCAAAUUCAUGAUUUUAGAACUAAAAGAUUGUGGUUUCUUUGGUCUACAGAGUCCAGCAACAAUCCAGUAUUUUCUGCUGCUGUGGGAAAAUGUGGUUGUGUAGGAGGUUGUGCAUUUUUUGGUAGCAAUAAAAAUGGCAUUCAUUUUUUUCAUAUCCAAGAUUUGCAGGAAGAUAAAGGAUGGACUAAUUUAGCAAAAUAUCAUAUUUUUAAUGAUGAUAACCUUGGUUUUGGGGAAAGUUUAUUACAUAAAGGAGAAUAUGUAUUUAAUAUACCCAAAUAUUCUAGUCAUGAUGAUAUGACUAUAAACAGAGCAAAUUCAGAAGAAUCUUUUGUUUUCACGGAAGGAUAUAUGGGGCAUACUAGUCCAAAAACUCCAGAAAUAUUUCAAAGAAAUAGUUUAAGUAAAGAACAUAUGAUUGAUAGAAAAGAUAGAAUAUCUGUAGGAAGUAAUAAUGAAAAUAAUGCAACUGCAAGUACUUUAAGCAUAAGUAAAACUAUGCUGCAAAAUACUGCUGGUGAAUCAAUUCAGAUAAGACAAAAUACUUGGGAUAGUGCAGUUGGAGCUGGUGUAAAAAGCAAUCUGCAGAAUAGACGUAUAAUGAGACAAUUUAGCAGUCCAACACACAUGUCAACUGCAAAUAGUCCACCUACUGUGCUUCAGUUAUUAAAUCAAUCUUCAAAUCAGAGUACAACUUCUGGGAAUAAUUAUGCUGAUGUAAUUACUUCUAAAGAACAAAAUUCAAGUUCUGCUACUGCUAUUACUAUUACUACUACAACUACUGUUAUUACUACAACUACUAAUACUACUACUACCAGUACUACCACCACCAUUACUAAUAAUAAUAAUAAUAAUAAUAACAACAACAACAACAACAACAACAACAACAACAAUAAUACUAAUAAUAAUAAUAAUAAUAAUACAGCUUCUGAUAAAGAAGAAAUGAAGGAAGAAAAAUAUUCUGAACCUUCAAAUUCUCUUACUAGUAGAGAGAGGAGUAACAGUCCUAGUCCAUCACAAAAUCGUCAUAGUUCUAGGACAUCAUUAAAUGGAUGGCCAGCAGGAAGUCGUGAUACUUUAGGAUCACGCCAUUCACUUGCAAAUAUAGCUUCUAGAAGUUUUUCUCCUCGUUCUGUCAGGCGUGCAGUAUCUACUGAAUCAACACAUUCUUCAGAUAUGUAUUUUUCUGCUGAUGAAGAAGCGUUAUGUUCAAUGUUAGCAUCUGAUUCUGCAAAUACUGACGAGAAUGGAUCAGAAUCUGAGAAGAUAAGACACGUUUCACUGAAAACAAAUUCUGGGACAAUAGAUAGAAAAAUUGUUGCCAAUAACAGAAGAUCAUUGCAUGAUAUUCAAGAAUUGCCUUCUCAGCAGUCAAGUGAUAGUGAUCAGCAAACUUCAAAAUUACAUAGGACCCCUUCAAAUAGUACACAUCAUGAUCCUUCUGAUUCUAAUUCUGUUUCAAGUAUGUCUUUUAUAUCAGCAAUGUCAUCACAAGAAGAUAUUGCUCUAGUUGAUCUUCAUAAUCAAAUGGAUAAAGCAAUUAUAGAUUCACCUUUGCUGAUGUCUUGUUAUACUGCUCAUAUGUCACAAUAUCACUGUAAUCAAUGGAACGAAUCACCACCACCUUCUCAUUUAUCUCAUCAAACUGGUCUUACUCAAUGUGGACCUAAUAGAGAUCAUCUUUUUUCAAGAUUUUCAACAAGAUGGAAACCAAAAUUUUCUAUGAUAACAGAAGGGUUUACUACAAUACAUAUGGUGGACAAAUCAAAGGUUCCUGGGUAUGGAAAACAAUAUUCUUGGACUCAGAAAUCAACAUCAACUCAUGCAGAAGAAGAAUUUUCUCCUGGUUCUCUUCAUAAGGAAGUUGAUGCAAAAAAUAACAGAAAUAAAAGUGAAGAAGAUAUGAUGAAUGGAAUUCCAUUGUGUGCUUCAAAAACAGCAUUGAUAAUAAAGCUAAAAGGUGAUAUACAUAUUAUGAUUUCACCUUUAAUGCUAGAAAGUUUAAAAAGUUUUAUUGAUGUAAUAACUCCAACAUUGGCUGGACUUCAUCCACUUACAAUAAUUAAUCAUCUACAUGUUAUGUGUUCUCAUAAUGUCCAACAGCAAAAUCAAUUAAAAAAAGAAAAAGUACUUCAAUUAGCACAAUUAAGAGCACAAUUAUUAGAAAAGUUUGGAUGGAAAAAAGAUAUUAAUGACAAUGAAAAAUGCCUAGGAAGUGCAGAUAAUAUUAUCUCUGGAAGCAACUAUGAAGAAACGAGAGUAAAUCAUUUACGUUCUUUAAUUCACAUAUCAAAGGUCAAUGUCAGUAUAAUUCAAGCAGCCAUUGUUGAAGAAGUUAUCUCUUUUUCUGCUUUGGAUAACCUGAAAGAUUUGACAUGUGUGUCUGUUUUGGCUGUAUGUUUUGACAAUACAUCAAUUCAAAUAUUUCACAGUCAUCAUGCUAGAAAAGCAAUUCAAACAUUUGCUGAUAAUAGUAACACUGCUGGAUUACAUCAAAAAAUUACUGAAAUUUCAUCAAAGAAAAGUAAAACUGAUUCUCUUCCUACUGACAUGGUUACUGUGGAAACAAGUGAAACUCAACAACAAGAAACUGUAUUCUCAAUCUCUAUUAUGUGUAUACAUAUUCAGUUAAGAAGACUUAAAAAUAGUAGUACUAUACUAAAGGAAGCAAUGUUGACAGUUAUACCUUAUCAUAAAAGUAAAGUUGCUUUUACAUUUGAAAAAAUUUCUGUGUUGCCAAAAUCAAAUUCAGUACAAUGUGAUAAGCAAGAUUCAUGUUUAGAACAAGAAUGGGAUCAAAUAUUUGAUGAAGAGAAGAUGGGUUUUAUAAUGUUUGAAUGUGGAUUAGAAGAAAUUUCUUUAAAAUUUGUAAAGAGAUUAGGUUUUAAAAAUGAUUUUGCUCAACAAUCAAAAAAUAAAUCUGAUGUACAAGCAAAAAAUUCUGGACAUGAUAAUGCACAGAAUGCACACAAUGAACAAUCUCCAUCAAAAAAUAGUCAAAAAUCCGAUGCAUCUGGUGCAUCUUGGGAUACAAAAGUGUCUUUUCCAUCAUAUGUUUCUGAAUGUGGUAGUCAUAAUAGUUCAGAUAAAGAAUGUUGCACUGGUGAUAUUAAAGGAGAUGCUUCAUCUUUUGUUAUGGAGUUAAAAACAGUAUGGUUUAAUUUUGCUGCUCCUCCAAGGACUCCAAAUACAAGAAAAAUAGAUUUUACAAGACUUGAUUGGCAUUUAUUAAGUACUGCAUCUCCAGCUAUUAAUGCUUGGUUGAAACCUGGAGAUCGAUUAGCAGUAUCGAUUCGUAAAAUGAUUAGAGAAUAUCUUCAUAGAGUUUUUACAAUAGUAACAUGUCUUAUGGUUGAAGCACUAGAUACACCAAGUAUACAUAUGCCAGUAAAGAGCAAAUAUAUGGUGCACAAAUUAACAGCUCUUUCCAAAACACUUCAAGAAGAUCCAUCAUGUCAGUUACUUAUUGUUUUAAGGCGUUAUUUAAUACAAACAAAUAUAGAUACUAUCGAAGAAAAUCUGCAUCCAGAUUUCACUCCACCAGUAAAAACACUUCAGAGAGGUAUUGUAGCAUUGAGUCGUCAAUGGAAAAACAUAUUAUACAUGCCAUUACUUGUGGAACAAAACAUGAGAUUACGUAAAAAUGCUAGACCAUUUGGUGUUUCUUUUACUUUACCUAUUUCUGAACUUUCUCAUAGUUUCCAAGAAGAAGGUGAAAGAACACAGUUAGAUGAAUGUGAAGUAACUGAUGAAACAACAAAUUUAUUAAUGGCAGAAGGUGGGUCUGUUGCUGUUGGAGGAAAAACUAAUGCAACUUUAGAUCAGACUAUAAAAAGUUUUUCAAGUCCAGAAUCAGCAUCAAGAUCUAGUAAUAGUCAACAGGAUUUAUUAGAAGGAGGAUUAAGUACAAAUUCACUUUCAAGAAAAAAUAAAAAAAAAUUACCUAGUUAUCCUCCUAGAACAACUAGAGCAAGUGUUGCUUUUCCUCUUUUAGGAGGACCAUUAGAUUCUCCAGGACGAUAUGCUGGGGGAGUAGGCACAAGUCUGGGAAGAAAUAAUGGUUUUAUACUUCCACAAUAUGGCUUUACAAAUCCUUCACGCAUAAAAAGAAAUGAUAGUCAUCAAAGUUUGAAAUCAACAACUUGGAGUUUAUCCAGUAUUGAACCUAAUUUACCAUCUUCAAUCCUUGGUACACCACGAAGAAAUUUUAUGGAUUCUAGUGAACAUCCAGUUGAUGAAGACCUUUAUAAUUGGAUGGCUCGACAACAAGACUAUGUAAAUAAUACAGGACUAUUAACAAAUCAAAAAUUUUUAGAUAAUACAGAACAUGAUUCUAAAAUGAAUACUUUAACAUCUGAAAAUAGUUUGGAGGCUGAAAUUAGCAAAUUACAUUCAUUUCCACCUACUAUGACAUUUGUACCAUUAGGAGUUCAGGUGGCAGAUGCUCAUAUAAUUUUUCAACCCCUUCUUAGCAAUUUAGGUAUACAGAAUCAAUCACAAGAUUCUCUUUUUUAUACUAAUUUUGGGCCAAAAAUUACAUUAUCUGGAAUAAUUGACUUAUUAAAAAUUGAUAUUGUAGAAUCGGAAUAUCAGAACAGUGGAAGACAUAAAAAGAAAACUGCUCGAAAACAAAUUUCCACUCAUGGAAAAUUUUUUAUUGAUACUAGCAUGGAUACACCAACAUUUAUCUGUGAUAAAUUUUCCAUUGACUUGGAGUUACGAGAGACAAGAAAUUUUGAAAAAAAGGAAGAAACUGAUAUUCAGUAUGCUCAUGCUGCCCUUCUCUUAGGGACAAAGAAUUUGAAACAAAUAACAACCAUUGUAAAUUUUAAUAUUGUUGCUAAUUUCAUUGCUCAGCAAGUUAAUAUGCCUCUUCUAAGAUUACUCCAUCAGUUUUCAACAAUGUAUGAAAAUGUAAAAGAAACACGCUUAGAAUUAAAAGCAAAUAGACCAAGUUCUCUUAAGGGAAGCAUGAAAACUGGGAAGAAAAAAUGUUCCUCAUCAAUAGAGAGUCAGAGUGAAAGUUAUCGCCCUCACUCACCACGACCAACUUUAUCUUCAAAAUUUGCUACACCAACAAAAUCUACCAGCGGUGUAACAAGUCUUUCAGUUGGAAUUAGACGACCUCAUACAUUAUCACAGAGGCUUCGUGCUAGUAGUAAAGGCUAUACAAACCUGCAAGAAAUGCUUUCGAAAGAUGACUGUCCAUCUAGUCCAUUGAGUUUUACUCUUAGUGAUUCAGUUGCCAUAGAUAUUCCAGAGUCCUGUUCUGCUCCUCCUUCUGACCACACAUUCCUUGAUGAUAUAAAAGAUUAUCAACCAAGAUGUUGGAGAACCAUGUUUUACUUGUUGGAUUUGUAUGAUACUAUGCCAGAAACAAAAACUGUUAAUGAAAGGACAACAACAACGACAACAACUGCUGCUGCACCUGUCCCUACCGUUACAGAAGCAAAAUCACCAGAUGUUUCUGAAGAUUAUAAAGGAAAUGGUAAAUAUGAACCAUUGAAAGAACAUCAGUUUGAAACCGAGGCUACAAAUUCUGCUGCUGAUCAGAAUACUAAUCAAACUGUUGAUCCAAAAAAACAGCAUGCAAAAGAUCAGCUGAGAAAUUUAAAAUCUUUAAUAGUUCAUGAUUGGGUGCCACUUGUUGUUUUUGGAGUUGCAAGAAUAAGACAUACACGUCUUUUAGCAAUGCUGAGUGGUUUGAAACUGGAAGGUGAAUUAAAUGGUUUUCAUGCUAGUAUAACUCACAGAGAAAGAGUUCGGGGAACUUCAAGAAAAUGGAGUGAAUCAUCACUAACAGGACAAUUAGGUCAAACAAUGGUUAUACUUUCUGAAGGAAUGUCUCCAAAUCAACAAACUGUAGUGAAAAUUACGGUUGGAAAAUCUCAAGCUCUAUAUUCAAGUCAAAAUAGGAAAGGAAAGGGGAGAAAUUCAGCUCUUUUAACUAUUGGUCCAGUGAAUUUUGAUAUUCCUCAACACCCAGUUGCCCUCCAUGGCAUGAUGACACGAAGCAGUCGUCAGUUGUCUACUACAUUACAAGAAUUGAGAGUUACUCGUCAGCCUUCAAGAACAAGUAGGCAGAUUGAUGAACUUGGACCAACUGUCAGCCAUUCUCCUCAACCUCCAUGGGAUGUGACAACUCACCAUAGAAUUAAUACCGAUGCCCAAGAACUAAUUAAACCAAUAGUCAUUCAUUUCAGUAUUAUUUUAGAUAGUUUAACAGUUGGAGCAGCAUUAUUGCCUUCAUUAUGUGCACAAUAUCAAAUGGGUCAGGUAACAAGUAUGGGUGUAACAGGAAGUAAAGCAAAAUUUACUGUUGAUCUACCUCAACAUACCUUAAGUUUUAAUACAAAAGUUCCUACUUCAGAGAGUAAUUUACCUUCUUCAGCCAGUGUUGAUUUACCACCUGUUCACAUUUCUGCUGAGUAUAUUCAAGAUUCCACCAAUACAAAUGCUAGUAAAGCAGAUUCUUUUACUGAUGGUGUUGUUUUAUGUCAAGGAAGUUAUCUCAGUGCAUUAGCAGAAAUUGGUUCUUUUGAACACAGUUUAACAACUGAUUUAUUGAAUCAUUUAGUAUUAGUUCAAAAAGUGUUCAUGAAGGAAGUUAAUGAAGUUGUUCAAAAAAUGUCUGGUGUGGAUAAACCUGUACCAUUGUUAGGAGAAGAAAAAUUAUCCACACCUUAUAGUAGACGAGUAUUAUUUUCUUUACUGUUGCGUUUAAAGGGAAUUCAAAUAACAGCAACUACACCCACAAGUAGUGCAGUAAGAUUAGAAACAGGAGUUGUUGAAUUACAAUUGUCAAAUCGAGUUCAAAACAUGUCAUCUGGAAGUACUCAAAAUGGCAAUAAUAUAAAAUUAUUUGGGAAAGCACAAGUAGAUUUAAAUUUGGCACUUGGACAAUUAAUAAAGAAUGCUUUAUUUGAAGAAGCAGAACCUGAAUUUCAACAAUUUGCUUAUUUUAAAACUAGAAUUUGUAUGAGAAAUGCUUUGCAGGAUGAAAUGAUAACUGGUCAAUCUGAAGAUAAAGAAGCUGUACUGAUUACAUUAAAUAGACCUCUUAUUUAUAUCCAACCAAUUGCAUUAGAUAAAGCUGUUUUAGUAUGGUUGAAUUAUAAAAAUGCUUAUGAAUAUUGGAAUGAACAACGUUCAAGCUUAAAUAAAGAGGUUUUGACAGCAACACAGCAAGUAUUUGAAAAAGUACCACAAAUAUCUCAACUUGGCAGUCAGGCUCUUGGUACUCUCUUUUUACAACUUACUGUUGAUGACAUGGGCAUAUGUCUUCCUUUAAAUCCACAUAGUGGAAAUAUUAGUAGUAACAAAAUAUAUGACACAGAAUUGAAGGCAGCUGUUGUAGUAACUUUGGAAAAUACUCGAGUUUCAGCUUGUUCAUGUGGUUCUUUAGUGAGCAAAGCUAGAUUUACAGGUUUAUGUAUAAGAUUUGCUGAUGAUUUUGAAACAUCAUUGGAUGAUUGGAAACCUGAUCCUAAUGAUACUAAUAUUAUGAAUCUUUGUGUUGUAUCUGAAGGAACAUAUGAAAUAUGUUCUCGUACACUUGUUUCUCAAGGAAGUGGUUAUAGUGCUAAAUGGAUACUUAAUGUACAGUGGCAAAUGGAAGGUGUAGAUAUUCAUGUAGACACCAACAUUGGCAAACAACUUUCUGCAUUAUUCAAAACACUUACAGCUUUAACAGGAGAUGAUGAAGGAGAUGGUGUGGAUUUCAGUACUAUUGAAGGACCAUCUGGUUUAAAUGGUCCAGUUGCUCCAGAACCAGUUAUAAUACGAAAAGGAAGUACAUUUGUAGAAUCUCUUCCACCUUUUCUGUUAGAUCCCUGUUUAGAUGCUAAAAAGCGAUCUAGACUUAUAGAAAAGGAAAUGAAUGAACAGGCCAAAAUCAUUAAUGAUUUAAGAUUACUAGGUGCAAGCCAAAAUACAAUUGAGCAAGAAGUAAGAAGAUUACAUGAACUAGAAGCAGCUGUUUUUAAUGAUUUUCGCCGAGAUGUAAUAAAAAGAUUAAGAAGACAGAGUGUUAAAGCAACAUCAUUCAGAGACAAAUUAGGACUUGGAGUUAGAUCUGGAGGAGCACCUUUACAAUCUAUGUCUUUAUUCUUUCCAGAUGGCAACAAUGAAAAAAAUGGUUAUAUUCCAGGUUAUAGUGCUAAAUGGAUACUUAAUGUACAGUGGCAAAUGGAAGGUGUAGAUAUUCAUGUAGACACCAACAUUGGCAAACAACUUUCUGCAUUAUUCAAAACACUUACAGCUUUAACAGGAGAUGAUGAAGGAGAUGGUGUGGAUUUCAGUACUAUUGAAGGACCAUCUGGUUUAAAUGGUCCAGUUGCUCCAGAACCAGUUAUAAUACGAAAAGGAAGUACAUUUGUAGAAUCUCUUCCACCUUUUCUGUUAGAUCCCUGUUUAGAUGCUAAAAAGCGAUCUAGACUUAUAGAAAAGGAAAUGAAUGAACAGGCCAAAAUCAUUAAUGAUUUAAGAUUACUAGGUGCAAGCCAAAAUACAAUUGAGCAAGAAGUAAGAAGAUUACAUGAACUAGAAGCAGCUGUUUUUAAUGAUUUUCGCCGAGAUGUAAUAAAAAGAUUAAGAAGACAGAGUGUUAAAGCAACAUCAUUCAGAGACAAAUUAGGACUUGGAGUUAGAUCUGGAGGAGCACCUUUACAAUCUAUGUCUUUAUUCUUUCCAGAUGGCAACAAUGAAAAAAAUGGGGAACUAUCACUUGAUAGUGUGUUUACAUCUAGUUUGAGUGCUGAACUCUGUCCUAGUGAAACUCCUACACCUCCUUCACAAUGCACAGAUAUAGGAAUUGCUAAUGUUUCAAAGUCACCUUCUAUAUCACCUUCUAUGGAAAAUGUGCCUCCAAAAUCUUCAAGUAGUUCAGAAGCUGGCACAGAACAAGAUUUUCUUAAUAAUGAUUGCUCAAAGGAACUAUCACUUGAUAGUGUGUUUACAUCUAGUUUGAGUGCUGAACUCUGUCCUAGUGAAACUCCUACACCUCCUUCACAAUGCACAGAUAUAGGAAUUGCUAAUGUUUCAAAGUCACCUUCUAUAUCACCUUCUAUGGAAAAUGUGCCUCCAAAAUCUUCAAGUAGUUCAGAAGCUGGCACAGAACAAGAUUUUCUUAAUAAUGAUUGCUCAAACAAAAUGAUAAAUGACUUAAAAAGGACUGGACACACUACACCUGGAGGAACAAGUAGCGGAAUGAGUUCAGCCAAACAGCCAUUGGCAGAGCCAAAUAUUGACUUUGAAUUAGAUGUAAAAGUAUUUUUUAAUAGUGGAAAAUGUGUAUUACAUACCAAAGAUACAUUUAGAGAUUUACAAGAUGAUCAAGGACUGAAAAAAUCAAUGAAAAAGGAAAGAAGUUUUUCUGGUGGAAUGGUAGAUCUAUCCUCUCCUAGUCAUAGCAAGAAAAAACAUAGUUCAGGAAUGAAAAAUAAUGCUACAUCUGCUAGACUGAGAUAUGUACAGAUGCCUGUGGCUGGUCAAAUUGCUGACUUCACUAUUUUUUUAAUUCCUGGUCUAGAUGUAAAGGUUCAUUACAAUUCCAAAACAAUUGUUGGCGAUAGUCCUGUGAUGAAUGCUGCAACUGGUAAAACUUCAGUAGAAUCAGAAAUUGAACAAAAUGAAAAUGUACAAAGGAGUACAUUAUUUCCCUUUGAGCAUGGAAGUAGCUCUGUACUUAAGAAAGGUGGUGUAAAGAAAGCAAGUUUGUUCGCUUGGAUGACAUUACAAAGUAUACCUGAAGAAACAGUUAUUAGUCCACAUAUUCUGGAUUUCCUAGAACAGGCUUUAGAACCAAUACCAAUUCAGUUAGCGAAGCAACCACCUCCAGUCACUGAAUCAAGUAACGUCAUCUUCUCAAACAUUAAACCAGAGACAGCAAGCAGCUCUUUAGCUGCACCUACUCAGUAUGCUUAUGCAUCUUUCCCAGUUGAUGUCAUCGUAUAUUUCAGAAUGCAACCUUCAAUCCUUCGCUUUAGUUGUCUUCCUGUCUCUCGUGUGGAAUGUCUGCUUAGACUUCCAUCUGUUGAUCUAGUAUUUUCUUCAAAACGGGCAGAAGAUGAUCUGUAUGCAGGUAACACUGUUCACUUGGAAAAAGUGGGAAACAUCAAAUCAAGAUCAAAGAUUCUAUCAGUAAAAGUAUCUAAUAGAUAUCCAUUCUGCUCAAAAAUUUGUAAGAUUAGAUCUUCUUUAGCUACACAUUUAGGUACUGAUGCUAUUUUUAUCAGAGAAUCAAGUAACGUCAUCUUCUCAAACAUUAAACCAGAGACAGCAAGCAGCUCUUUAGCUGCACCUACUCAGUAUGCUUAUGCAUCUUUCCCAGUUGAUGUCAUCGUAUAUUUCAGAAUGCAACCUUCAAUCCUUCGCUUUAGUUGUCUUCCUGUCUCUCGUGUGGAAUGUCUGCUUAGACUUCCAUCUGUUGAUCUAGUAUUUUCUUCAAAACGGGCAGAAGAUGAUCUGUAUGCAGGUAACACUGUUCACUUGGAAAAAGUGGGAAACAUCAAAUCAAGAUCACCUGCACCCAGAAGACAUGGUAAUGUUCGACCACCAGUAGAUUCAUCAACCGUAUAUCAGACUGCUGUUGGUGGGCUCAGCAUGACUGGUUGUUUGGCAGAUUUUUCUCUUUACAUUUUUCAUCCUUAUGGUGGAGGGAAAAAAGCUGGAGCAUCAGGAAAAGAAAGUCGAGAAACGUCACCUCUCACUACUAGUGAACGAAAAGAUUCCCUUAGUUUGCAAGUGGAAUUCGUAAAAGUAAAUAUUUCUCGGAGUAGAAAGAUUAAUUUAAGUCAUAUAGAAGGAAAUGUAUCUCAGAAACCAAACAGAAGUGGUGAUUCUGGAGGAGCUGUCAUUAGAUUUUCAGCUAUCUGUGACAUUGGAUCAGCUUCCUUUAAGUAUGACAUGAGACGUCUUACUGAAAUCUUAGCAUUUCCUAAAGCUUGGUAUCGACGGAGUAUUGCAAGACGAAUGUUUCUUGGAGAUCAAAGUACAAGUGCUCUGUAUAGUGAUCAAGAAGAUUCAGUAGAAACAAGUAGUAGCAGUGGAACAUUAUCACCAAGUGCUAGCAGAGCAGAAUGCUUUCCCUUCAGUUCUCCUCGUGUAUCUACUUCUUCCCAUACAUCCAUAGGAACUACACAAAUUAUAGACAGCUCAAUUUCGGUGACCACACCUAUCAAGUCAGAAUUGCAGUUGCCAUCACAAACAAUGGAUCAGUCAAUGGGUGAUGUAAAAAUUUCUAAUCUUGGAGUUAGUUCUUGUCUUUCUGAUGUGUCAGCAAGUGAUAUUUCUCACCCAACAAUUGUUCCUGAAGGAAGAAAGCAUAGUAGAGAUCAUCUAUGGUUAAAUUUAGGCAACAUACCAAAUUUUGUAGAAAGUUCUGAUUAUCAAAAUACUAGUAAGUUAGGAAGUUCAAAUGUUUCAUUUACUGAUUCUAAAGAAAGUAAGUCGUCACAGCAAUCAUCAACCCCAUUACAUACAAAUCGUUUGGGAAGCACAUGGGAAACACUAGUAUUAUUUGCUGUAAAUUUGUCAAAGUUAAGUGUUCAUAUGAAUAUGGGAAAUGUUAUGGGAAAUACAAUGUGGCUGACAAGAGACUUCAAAUCACAGGGUCGCUUAUCAAUAGGUAGUACAGGGCAUAAAAACCUUUAUUUGUCCAUUGGAUUGGAAGGUUCAACAUUAGACAGCAAGGGAGGAAUUGUUGGUGGAACCAUUGAGCUUAGUCAAAUAGAUACAUGCACACAUUUCAAAGAAGAUUUUGGUCAAGAACCAGAUCAUACAAUAGCCAUAAAACUGUCUGCAUUAGAAUCAAGAUUAGAUUACAUGGGAACCAGUGUCCUUAUGGGUCGUGUGAGUAGUUUGGACAUAACAGUUAGAGAUGAAUGGCGAGUCUGUCAGAGUAGUCAUCAAGAUUCUUUUUCAAAUCAUCCUACAAAAAGACCCGCAUUAAUUUACAUAUGUAGUGAUUUAGCAUGGGAUCAGUUACAAUUAAUUAUAUCUAAAUCAACUACACCUGAUCUUUUGAAAAUGUAUUCAAAAUUAGAAGAAUUUUUUUCACAACAGUUUCAUAGCAGUAAGAGAGUUUUUUCAUCUCUUCAACCACGUUAUCAACGUUAUUCCAUUAAAAGUCGUACUCGACGUGCCAAACAAACUGAAGAGGGUGAAGGUCGUCAUCAUCGUCAUUGGCAGAAAGUUUUGAAAUUAGCAUCAGCUCUCCAUUUAAACAAUUUACCUUGUCCUCUACCAAGAAUGGGAACUAUAUUGGGAGGAACAAUAGAUCUGCAUGGUAACAAUAUAUCAUUAGCAUGCUUUCAUGGUGUCAAUUUUCGUUCGAAAGCAUGGGCCAUUUUUAGUAUGAGAGAACCCACUAUUUCUUUUGCAACAGAAUCACAGGAUAUAAUUAAUGAUCAAGAUUCUAUGGGCACGCACAUUGUUCAAAAUCUGUCUUUUAAACUUGGCCGAAAUCUUGCUGAAACAGCUCAACACACCAGUAUGGCCACAGUCUGUCGUAUUUCCCGUAAUGUUCUUUUUCCUCCUCAGUUUAGAACCAUGCAUGAAUGGUUUCAUUAUACUUUUGCUACAAGUGAAUUGGAUGAUGUACAGAGAUUUCCUCUCUUGGAGCAUGAAAGAAAUGAAUCUGUCAGUUCUGAUCGUCGUUCUUCAAUAUGCAUAAAAGUUCCGGAAUUUAAUCAUAGCAUGGAAGUGAUAUUUAAAUUACCCAGUCUUCAACUUCAGUUAAAAACAGAACAUUUUCAAUUAGCAAAAGGUCCUUCAUUAACAGAUCCCAAACCUACUGUAGAAUGCAGUUUUGUUACAGAGUUUGAUGAUCAUAUAUUUGUUGCUGUCGAUGCCGAUGCAUUUUUCUUUUUACAUGAUCUUAUAACAGCAUACAUAAAAGAGAAAGAUGGUAUAAUUUGUAGUUUUAAAUCUUUACUAUUAUCAUUAGUGUUAAAAAUGAUCUGUACAUAUAAAUAUUUUUUAAUAGUAAAUUAUGGAAAGACACAGUCACCAGACAGUGAUAGGAAAUGCAAAGUUUCUGAUCCAACUGAAGCUUUGCAAAAAGAUUGGAGAAAUUAUCAGUGUCAUACCUGGCAUCUGGAACCUACAGUCAGGUUAUUAUCAUGGGGUGGAAAGGGUAUAGAACCUUAUGGUGUCGACUAUAUUCUUCAGAAGCUGGGAUUUGCUCAUGCACGUGUCACCAUUCCAAAAUGGAUGCAGAGAGGAUGCAUGGAUCCUUUGGAUAAAAUUCUAUCAUUAGUUAUGGAGAAAAUGCUCAUAGCAUAUCGUGAAGACAAAGAUGAACAAGUAUCUGGAAAGCGAUAAGUUGAGUAACUUCAAAAAUGUACAAAUAUCAAAUAUGUUUGUUUCAAACAUGGUUAUUAAAAUUAUUGUUGACAAACUUCGAUGUUUAUAUGUUAAAAUAUCAUUCAUGUAAGUAAAAUUUUCUAUUACAACAUCCCAUUGAGAAGUACUUGCACUGAAAAUGGAUAAAUAAAUUAUUCUUUUAUCAUUUAAAGAAUAAUUUUAAAUAUGGCAUUUAUUUUAUCAAAUGUACAUCUAUUGUUAACAUGUUAUAACAGAAAGAUAUGGUUCAGAAACUUAAUAUAUUCAGAUUUAAAAUAGUUUACAAAUAUAAAUUUACCAUAUCUGUGAAAAAUCUUAAAAUUAUACCAUAUAAGAACUUACUCAUUUUGUAAUAAAAAUUUGAUAAAUAUGUGUAAAGCAUUUGACAUUUUCAUAAAAAUUUUCCCAUAAAAUUAUAUUUAUGACAUUUGUAGUUGUAAUGCAUUGUUAAAAAUUUAAAUAUUUUACAAUAAAUUUUUGAUGAGAUAUUCUCAAACAUUUAUGCAAACAAAUUGUGGAAUGUCAGUAGAACAAAACAAUUUAUUGUAUCCUAAGAUAAUGCUGCAAUUAUGGCAAGUGAAAUAUAGCAGAUACAUUAUCAUUAUCCUUAUUUUUAUCCUAGUAUGGAAACAGCAACUCUAAACUUGUUGUGAUGAGUUGAAUGAAACUGAUCAAUAUAAUAUAUUUGCAAACUGUUACUUGUAAAUUAAAAGUAAUCACCCCUAGCAUUGAAUCAUUUGUUCAACUAGGUAAUGAGCCUGGUGAUUCCAUGCUCAUAGAAGUCCUUUGGUUUUUGCUUCAGGAGUCUGUGACCAGCUCAUACAUUUCUGCAUCUGAGGUAAAGUUGCAACCCUUCAGAUGCUUCUCCAAUUUACCUAACACACGAAAGUCACAAAGUAAAAAGCCCAAACUGUAAGGUUAGUAUUGCAGAAUUUUUCAUUCAAAGUUUUCAAUUUUAUCACAAGUCACAUUGGCAGUCAUAAAAAAGGAUCACAAUGUCUGACAACAAGCUUCUGUGCUUAUUUAUGAUUGCUGUGUGGCAUGGUUGCACAUUUUCAUUCUGAAUUCUGGACCUUUCACCAUGCAACUGUCAUGUAUUUGAUGAUUUAUUGGAAAAGAAUCUGAAGGGAUGCAGUUUUGCCUUGGAUUCAAAGCUGGUCACAGACUUCCUAAAAAAAGAUUUCUAGGAGCAUGAAAUCACCAGACUCAUUACCAAUUGGACGAAUGAUUCAGUGCUGAUGGUCAUUGCUUUUAACUUACAGGUAAGUUUUCAAAUAAAUUAUAUUGAUUUGUUUUCAAUUGAUUCUCAGUAAUAAAUUUAACAUCUUUUGUAAAUAUAUAUGUUCGUAUAA